AUGUCCGAUGAAACGUCGCAGCAAUCAAAAUCCACUGACUCGACGGAAGACGGGGAAAGUACCGGAUUUGACGAUCAGAACAACUCAAACCCUGGAGACAGGCCCACGUCCACCCGACGUACGAGUGAUUCAUGUCCGGUGAUAUUUUCAAGGUACAUUCGCCCGCGAGUGAACUUCGCGCGCUUGCCCGACGGAUCCAUAGCACGCAUAAGCUUCACGGAGGUUGUGUCAAUCUUCCAGUUUUCCGAUCGUCACAGACGUGUAUCUUCCCUUCUCCUAUGGGGAUGGACAGCCCCCUCUUUUCGCCGCAUCACCAUAAAAGACAUGCUUACCAACCAUCAUGGGCCAGAUAACCGUGUUGAGACUCCCCCAAGUAGCCCAGAAGCCAAUGAAUCGUCGACCCGGGAAUCUAUGGUAGGAGAAACUGUCACAACUGCGUCUCCGGAAACCAAUCCAGCUCAAGGCACACCAGACGAUGAGUCUGAGGCUGCCCGAUUGCAGCAAAUCUCGGAAGAGACACAUGACGUCGACGAAGAUCCGCAAUGA